AUGGCUACCAGCGCAUCUGCAGUCAAGGAGGCUGUCAAGGAGACGGUCCUCGGCUCCGACGAAGCCGCCGGACCGUCUUCACAGAGCAAGGCGCGCUUUACGAGGAGUGCCGUCAAGGAUGAGACUGGCGAGCUGUCAUUGGGUCCGGACGAGUUCAUCAAUGCCGUGGCUCCUGAGAAUGAGGACUUUCACAAAAUCCGCCGCGAGCAGUACAUGAUCCUCUUCCGCAUCGCUGAUCGCCGCGGUCAGGGCAAAGUCUCCCUGAGCGACUGGCACGUCUUUGAAAACAUCCUCGCCAAGCCCGACGCCGAGUACGAAAUCGCUUUCCGUCUCUUUGACGUGGAGCGCACCGGCAACGUCAAGUAUGACGACUUCCGCCGCCUCUACGAGCUCAACAAAGGCCCCGAGAACAUCCCCUUUGACUGGGACUGCGAAUGGGCCAAGCUCUACAUUGGCAGCCGCGCCAAGCGCCACAACCUCGACUACCCCCAGUUCUCCCAGAUGUUGCGCGGCCUCCAGGGCGAGCGCAUCCGCCAGGCGUUCCAGCUCUUCGACAAGGACGGCGACGGCUACAUUGAGCCCGACGAGUUUGAGCGCAUCAUUCUCGAGACCUCCAAGCACAAGCUCUCUGACCAUCUUCUCGACAACCUCCACACCCUUUGCAACAUCUCCAAGGGCUCCAAAAUCUCCUACGCCAACGUCCGCGCCUUCCAGAACAUGAUUAAGGAGAUGGACCUGGUCGAGCAGAUUGUCCGCCGUGCCGUCCAUCGGAGCAACGACGGCAAGAUUACCCGUACCGAAUUCCUCCACGAGGCCGCCAAGGUCACCCGCUUCUCCCUCUUCACCCCUAUGGAGGCCGACAUUCUUUUCCACUUCGCCAGCCUCGACGAACCCUCGGGCCGCCUCGGCUUGCGUGACUUUGCCAAGGUCCUUGACCCCUCGUGGAGAAACCCGGCCGAUUCGCUCGACCUCGCUGCCAUUGUCAAGGCCACGAAACCGGCGGGCGGAAGCAUACUUCAGAACGUCCUCGAGUCCGUCCACAGCUUUGGUCUCGGCAGUUUGGCUGGUGCCUUUGGUGCCUUUAUGGUCUACCCCAUUGAUCUGGUCAAGACCCGUCUGCAGAACCAGCGUGGUGCGCAGCCGGGCCAGCGCCUGUACAAGAACUCGAUUGAUUGCUUCCAAAAGGUUGUCAAGAAUGAGGGCUUCCGUGGUCUCUACUCUGGUGUUCUUCCCCAGCUUGUCGGUGUCGCCCCUGAAAAGGCCAUCAAGCUGACUGUCAAUGAUCUCGUCCGGCGCCACUUUACCAGCAAGAAGGGCGAUAUUAACCUCUGGGCCGAAAUUCUCGCCGGUGCCAGCGCCGGUGGUUGCCAAGUUGUCUUCACCAACCCCCUCGAAAUCGUCAAGAUUCGUCUCCAGAUCCAGGGCGAGGUCGCCAAGACUGUCGAUGGCGCUCCCAAGCGCUCUGCCAUGUGGAUCGUCCGCAAUCUCGGUCUCGUCGGUCUCUACAAGGGUGCCUCUGCCUGCCUACUCCGCGAUGUGCCCUUUUCCGCCAUCUACUUCCCGACCUACAACCACCUGAAGAAGGACUUUUUCGGCGAGUCCGCGACUCACAAGCUGAGCGUCCUGCAGCUCCUUACCGCCGGUGCCAUUGCUGGUAUGCCCGCCGCCUACCUGACGACGCCAUGCGACGUGAUCAAGACGCGUCUCCAGGUCGAGGCCCGUAAGGGCGAGGCCCAGUACACUGGUCUGCGCCACGCCGCCAAGACUAUCUUGAAGGAGGAGGGCUUCACGGCCUUCUUCAAGGGCGGCCCCGCGCGCAUUUUCCGCUCCUCUCCCCAGUUCGGUUUUACCCUUGCCGCCUACGAAGUUCUCCAGAACGCCCUACCCUUACCCGGCAAGAAGGCCGAGCUCCCUAGUGUGACCGGCGAGUCCUCCACGGCGGCCCAGGACACGACACCAUUCGGCCGCAGCCGCAACGCCCUCAAGAUUAUUCUUGAUCUGGACGAGGAUUUUGGUCGCGCCAAACUUCCCAACGAGCAGGCCUGGAAGACCCUGCCUCGUGCCAUUGGCGGCGGCGGUGCGGCUCAAUAA